AUGACGAUAAAAGCUAUUUCCAUAAUCUGCAAUUCUAUCCGAGAAGAUUGUAUAACACCGGAUCCUGUUGAUUUUGAAAACUAUAGCAAUUCUAUCCGAGAAGAUUAUGUGUCACCGGAUCCUAUUACUAGUUUACUUAAUAUAUAUUGCCCCUCUCCCCAUAUAGCGGAAUUUCAAAAAAAUCCUAACUCUGGCCAACAAUCUAGCCCCUCUUUUGAUCCUGCGGAGUAUGAAAAUAAUUCCAACUCUCUGCAAGAAUACUACCCCUAUCCCGAUCUUGCGGAAUUUGAAAAUGAUUCCAAAUCAUUUAAAGAAGGUUUAUACAAUGCUUCAGAUAAUUUGGCUGAUGAAGAGAUGAAACCCUAUGAGGAUCAACUAGGCCAUUUUGCCAAUUUAUCCGAAAGCGCUCGUAAACACAUUGUAUAUUCGAAUGAAUUGGAUAAUGACGGUAUUUAG